AUGCCCAUCUACAGAAUUGCAAUAGGGACACCGGGAGAGGCAAGCCAUCCAGAUGCACUUAAAGCAGCAGCUGCUGAGUUCUUCUCCACGCUCAUUUUCGUUUUUGCUGGCGAAGGCUCUGGCAUGGCUUUGAAUAAACUCACGAAUAACGGACCACAAACAGCAUCGGGGCUAAUAGCUGCAGCAAUAUCGCAUGCAUAUGCACUUUUCGUGGCUGUUUCGAUCGGUGCAAACAUCUCCGGAGGCCAUGUCAACCCUGCUGUCACCUUUGGUGCCUUAAUUGGGGGUAACAUAACAUUGCUCAGAAGCAUCUCGUAUUGGAUAGCACAGUUACUGGGAUCCACUGUGGCCUGCUUGCUUCUCAAACUCGCUACCGGCGGAUUAGAAACAUCUGCAUUCACGUUAUCAUCUGGUGUAUCAGUGGGGAAUGCAUUGGUACUGGAGGCUGUAAUGACUUUCGGCCUAGUCUACACGGUUUAUGCUACUGCAGUUGAUCCCAAGAAGGGAAAUAUAGGUGUGGUUGCACCCCUUGCAAUUGGGUUCAUCGUGGGAGCUAAUAUCUUGGUUGGAGGUGCUUUUGAUGGAGCUUCCAUGAAUCCUGCAGUCUCCUUUGGACCGGCUGUGGUGAGUGGCGUAUGGACUCACCAGUGGGUGUACUGGGCAGGCCCUAUGCUUGGUGCUGCCAUUGCAGCCCUCGUCUAUGAUAACAUCUUCAUGGGUGACAGCACCCAUGAACGGUUACCUGUCACAGAUCAUUAG